AUGGCCGCUGCUGCCGCUGGAGAUGCAGAGUCCGUCGCUGCGCUGCUGUCCGCCGGCGCGCCCUGGCACGAGCUGGACGAGGACGGCUGCUGCGCGGGGGAGUACGCCUCCGGGUCCGGGCACGUGGAAGUCGUGCGGCAGCUGCUGGACUGGGCGGAAAGAGCGACGUACCGCGACGGCCAGCUGGUGGACGCCGAGGGCGAGGCGGUGAUGAUGACGUGGGAGGCGCCGCUGAUGAGGGAGCAUGCCCGCAUCCUCUGCGCGGCCAAGGGCAGGGCGGCGCGGGUGCUGAACGUGGGCUUUGGCCUCGGCAUCAUCGACGGCUACAUCGCCGAGCUGGCGCCGGCCCGGCACACCAUCGUCGAGGCCCACCCAGACGUCCUGGCGCACAUGGCGGCGCGGGGCUGGACCCACCGCCCCGGGGUGUCCGUGGUCCCAGGUCGGUGGCAGGAUGUGAUCGCCGACCUGGGCCCCUUUGACGGCGUCUUCUUCGACACCUACGGCGAGUACGCGGAGGACAUGAGGGAGUUUCACGCCCACCUGCCGAGGCUGCUGAGUCCCGGGGGCGUCUACUCCUUCUUCAACGGCCUCUGCCCGGACAACAUCUUCUUCAACAUGGUGCAGGGGGAGGUCGUCAAGCUCGAGCUGGCAAGGCGAGUCCAGGGUGGGGAGGGGCUGGGGCUGGAGACGCAGUAUAGGGCCAUGCCUAUGGACACCUCAGACGGCAGCAUCUGGAAAGGAAUCAGGAAUAGGUACUGGCACCUGCCGGUAUAUAUGGUGCCCACCUGCACACUGAAGGCCUGA